GGGGGGGGGAGGGGGGGAGAAAAACAAAAAAGAAGCAGAAACACAGAUUUGCAUAGAGCAGAGAGACGAACAAAACGAUGCCGCUCUAGUUGGAGGAAGCCUGUUGAACACUUUGCUUCGGGACAAAGUGAGAGAGAACCGGUUGUCCCUGGUAGCUAGCUGCCCUGUCUUUGAGCUUUUGAAUGGUGGGCUGUUUUUCCUGCCGGACAGAGCCGAUUAUCAAGAAGUUUCAGCUGAAGAACCAAAGCAGGCUGGUCGUCACCAAUCCUGCACAGAUGGACUUAAGAUAACAGCUGAAGGUCUACCCUCAUCCUGAACUUCAACUGGCCUCGAGGCCUCCAGUGUUCAACCAAAAUGACUGAUCCCACUAGGCUGAGCCCUGGGGGCGGGGGGGCAGGUGUGGCCGAGGUCGACGCCUGCACUUUGGAAAUCGAGAGAAAAUAUGAUAUCAUCCCUACAAUCAUCUGCUCCAUGUGUUGCCUUUUUGGGAUCAUCUACUGUUUCUUUGGUUACCGCUGUUUCAAGGCUGUCAUGUUCCUGUCCGGUCUCAUGUUCGGCUCGGUUAUCAUCUUCUUGCUGUGCCACAAGGAGCACAUUCUGGACACUCAGCUGAGCGUGGAGGCUAGCGCAGGCAUCGGCCUCGGAAUCGGCCUCCUGUGUGGUUUGGUCACAAUGCUGGUGCGAAGCGUCGGCCUCUUCAUGACCGGCCUGCUGCUGGGACUCCUUCUGGCUCUUGCCGCCCUGCUGGUCACUCACCAGUUCUACACGCCAACCACGGUGUGGGUGCCAUUGGGCACUCUGCUGGGGACGGGGAUGCUGUUUGCUGUGCUGACGCUGCAGUGGCAAAAGAUCUUCACAAUGCUCUCCACGGCUGUGUUUGGAGCAGCUAUCAUGACCGUGUGCGCUGAUUACUUCGUGGAGAUGCUGGCUCUAGCCAAUCACGUGUAUGACUGCUUACGCCUCACACCUGGGCCGGCGCUGUGUUGGUACAGCUGGGUCAUUCUGGGCAUCUGGCCUGCUCUCAGCCUCAUAGGAGUUCUGAUCCAGUGGAAACUGACAGAUGGCAGCUUCUCACACACUGAGGUUGUCAUCAGUCGGAGGCAGAAGCGGGUCCAGCUGAUGCGGAUUCGAGAGAAGGACACCAAGAAGCGACAGCAGGCAGGUGGGCAGGAAGGCACAUACCGUCGUAAACCCACCCCAGUAAAACGUUACGCUGGGGAUCUACUGGCACCGAGCUACCUACAAAGUCUGCGAGACCGGCAGAUGGGAACAGGUACUUCCCUUAGCAGCCUUGGCACCACAAACCAGACCAUGAUCGACAUGGACUGCGAGACCGGCUCCAUGGUCCCGCUCACAGCCACAACUCCGGUCGUCAGGAUCUGAGCAACACAGAGACAAGGAAGGACUUCCUGGUGGAAGGUAUCUUCAGCAGGAAGAUUCCUUUAGUUAGGCGGCUUCCUAACUCCGAGCACAACGUUUUAACUGCUCUUAUUGCUGUGAAGUAGAUCUGGUAGCGAGGAUAUUUUUUCCUGGUUUCACUGUCUAUGUAAAAAGCAUCAGACUCUGGUUUGAUGGUUUUAAAACCACUGUAGCCACUAUGUGUUUCUCAGAGAAACCAUUUCAAACAGAUACCGAAGAAGGUCUCCCAUUUCCACUUAUUGUGUAUUUGAUACAUAGCAACAACAGGAAGCCUCAGAAACAGAUGUAUCUCUGCAUUUGGUGUACUGUACUUCAGAAGUAAGUCAUUACCAUCAAGAGUUUUGGUGUUACAUGCUAGUUGGAUGGUUGUAGGAUUUAAAGAAGUAACAUGUUUGAUUUUGGGUUUGUUUUUUUGUUUUGUUUUUUGCUAGAGCAUACGGAUCAGUCUUUGAGAUCUGACCUGCUGGUUCAGAUUAGAUUUUUAGUAUCUAUCACAUUAAAGAGAGCAAAUCUGCUACACGUUCCCCAAUAGAAGUUCCAGUUUUGAAUUUAACAGAAAAUGAAGUACCUACUUGAAGAUCCCCAUUUAUACAUCACAACUCACGUCCCUAACCUUUAUCUGAACCUAAAAGUACAUCAGGGGUGCCUGCCGUUGGUUGUUUAAUUUAACGCCAAAGAUGGAAGAUUGUUCAGUGCUUGUCCACUUAAUGAAUCAUUAAGUUUCAGUAUCUGACCUGCUGAUCACCAAUCAGAGCUGAUCAAGGGAAAAUUGAGACUAUCCAGCAAAGAGAUUUUAUUGGAAAGGUUUCUCUUUUCUUGGUAUAUUUCCUAUUUUAUUGCAUUUAGUGUAUCGUAAAAAAACAAAAAUCAGGUGUCUCAAUAUUUGAUCGCCUGUCAGGGAAAACUGGCUGAUUUUGAUACGAUUCACUGGUGCAUCACAAGUCAUUUAAAUCAUCUUCAGUCAUUGUGUAUACAUAGACAAUAAGUCGUGGUAAUCCAUCCAACAAAAAAAUAUUUUUGGAGAAUUUUACUUUUCCAUAAGCAUAUUUAUAUGCUGUUGCCCCUCACGUUGGAAUUAUUUAAGACACAUGUCUUUUUUUUAUUUUGGUUUAAUAAUUACUGUGAAAAAUCUGAAAGCAUUAAUCAACAAAGCUUUGAGAAGAAUAAAUCGCUUUGUAACGAUCAUUUCAUGAGAAGGUAAACGAUAUUUUAUCGUCAACAAUGUAUUCUCAUGAUCCUCUGCAUUAAAUUGCUGCAUAAAUGGAGUGCUUCGUAUACAAGAAGGUUAUUUACUGAAAAAGGUCAAGAGUUCUUAGUUUUGAUGCAUGUAAUGAAUAGAAGUAAAAUAAAAAAAAAAGGUUUUGAUUGUUCAGAAUCUGCCGAUUACUGAUCAGAGCUUAGUGAGGAAAAAUUAGCUGAUUUCUGAUCUCUGGCCAAUGGAUUGGUGCAUCUCUAUUUUUUUUAUAUGGAGUGUGGAUAAAAAGCAAGCUAUGAUGUGAGUACUUGGCGUCUGACAAUGUAAAGUAUGGAAAAUCCAGCAGAUAAACUGUCCUCCAGGGUCAGCUUUAGCACUAUCUUAGAUCCGCUUUGAUUUUUACAUCAUAGCUCCUGUCAGAACACAGUGAAGAUUUUAUGCUGUUUUGUCAACAUCAUUUAUGUGAUAACCUAGAACCUGAUAGUGUUUUUACAAACAAAACCAAGCAUUUGGUUUUUCUGCCUUUUUUGUAGUAUUUUUUUAUUUUUUAUUUGUUGAUGCAGUUUUUCAGAAACAUCACACUUGUUGCCUGAAUGUGUAAAUACCUGUUAAUAGAGUUUUCACAGAUUUGAAUAAAAACAGUUUUAACUCA